AUGGCGUGGAAAGCAGCCAUGUGUGCCUUCCUUGUGGCUGCAGCAUGCAUCGGAUGUGUCCACUGCGUUGGCGCCAAGGAUGCGCCGAAGAUCAACGGCCCGGUGAUUGGUGUGGAUCUUGGGACCACGUACUCCUGCGUUGGCAUCUACAAGAAUGGCCGAGUCGAAAUACUUCCAAACGACCAGGGCAACCGCAUCACACCUUCCUACGUGGCCUUUGCAGAUGACGAGAGGCUGACAGGUGAGGCGGCAAAGAACCAGGCCACCGUAAACCCCACGCAGACCUUGUUUGACGUGAAGCGCUUGAUGGGGCGACGCUUCAAGGAUUCCACCGUGCAGAAGGACAUGAAGCUGCUCCCAUACCGGAUCGUGGAGAAGGGUGGCAAGCCAAUGAUCGGUGUGAAGGUUCGGGGCAUGGAGAAGCUGAUGCCUCCUGAGGAGGUGUCUUCCAUGGUCCUCACGAAGAUGAAGGAAACCGCCGAGAACUACCUCGGCCAAGAAGUGUCAAAUGCCGUGGUGACCGUGCCGGCGUACUUCAACAAUGCCCAGCGCCAGGCUACCAAGGAUGCGGGGGCCAUUGCGGGCUUGAACGUCCUUCGAAUUGUCAACGAACCAACAGCGGCUGCCAUCGCUUAUGGCCUGGACAAGAAAAGUGAUGAGAAGAACAUCCUUGUCUACGACCUUGGCGGCGGUACCUUCGAUGUGUCCUUGCUGAACAUCGCCCAAGGGGUCUUCGAGGUGGUUGCAACCAGUGGUGAUACGCACCUGGGUGGAGAGGACUUCGACCAGCGGGUGAUGCAGCAUUUCAUCAAAGUCUUCGAAAAGAAGCAUGGCAAAGAUAUGUCCCAGGAUAAGCGCGCCAUCCAGAAACUACGUCGCGAAGUGGAGAAGACCAAGCGGCAGCUUAGUUCCACGCACCAGGCUCGGCUGGAGAUCGAGGCACUCUUCGAUGGCAUGGACUUCUCCGAAACCUUGACCCGCGCAAAGUUUGAGGAGCUGAAUGCGGACCUCUUCAAGAGCACCUUGGGGCCAGUGAAGCAGGUGCUGGAGGACGCCCAGCUGAAGAAGAGCCAAGUGGAUGAAAUCGUACUGGUGGGAGGCUCUACUCGAAUCCCCAAGGUGCAGCAGCUCAUCAAGGACUUCUUCGGCAAGGAACCUAACCGCGGCAUCAACCCGGAUGAGGCGGUGGCGUACGGCGCAGCCGUGCAAGCUGGCAUUCUGAGCGGCGAGAGCUUAGAGGAGGUUGUUCUGCUGGAUGUGGCUCCUCUCACGCUGGGCAUCGAGACCAUGGGAGGUGUCAUGACGAAGCUGAUCCCGCGGAAUACCGUGAUCCCCACACGCAAAAGCCAAAUCUUCUCGACGUCCCAGGACAACCAGCCAGCAGUGGACAUCCAGGUCUACCAGGGCGAGCGUGUGAUGACUAAGGACAACCACCUCCUGGGCAAGUUCGAGCUCCGCGUGCCCCCAGCGCCCCGUGGCCAGCCCCAGAUCGAGGUGACCUUCGAGAUCGACAGCAACGGCAUCUUGAACGUAGCGGCCGAGGACAAGGGCACCGGGCGCAGUGAGCAGAUCACGAUCAACAACCAGGGACACCUGACGGAACAGGAGAUCCAGAGGAUGGUCAACGACGCGGAGGCUUUUGGGGACGAGGACAAGCGGAUCCGGGAGCGCGUUGACGCGAAGAUCGCCCUGGACGGCUACAUCCAUUCCAUGCGUUUGGCGACCGAGGAUGGCCAGGGCCUAGGUGAGAGGAUGGACUCGGAGGAGAAGCAGCGAAUCCAGCAUGCCCUGAAGGAAGGCCAGGCUUGGAUGGAUGCCAAUCCAGAAGCAGACACGGAGGACAUCCAGAUGAAGCGGAAGGAGAUCGAGGAAGUCUGCGCUCCCAUCGUCUCCAAGCACUAUGGCUCUGGCACCACAUCGGAGCCUGAUGAGGAUGAGGCCCACGACGAGCUCUAG